CACUAUCUAAUUCUAAACAUAUAAUGCAACACUAAUCCAAAAUUGCUACAAGAAUGAGCCUUAGAGCUACUUCUUAGCAAUGUAGAAUGCCCGAAAAAGCAGGAACCCCAAACAAGACAACCAAGUUUGACACAUAAGUACCAAGUCCCAACCACAACUACAACCUCAACCAUUGAUUCUCAGUUGGAUACAAAUAAUACCGAAAUAGGCACAUCAAUAGGAAGAAAAAAAGAUAUUACCAUAUCCACUCUACCUUGAACCAAAGCAAAAUCCCAAGCAAGGAAGGAGGAGAGGAAGAAAUAGAAGAAGAUAUAUAAUUGUUGAGGAAGCUUGUACAGGUGAACGUGCACUGAACCUUAACAUUUCAGGAUCAAGUUGCAAAUCUGGGUUCAGACGGUGAUUUCGCAAAGAUGCAAGUGAUCCAGCUGGAAUACUGUUGGAUAUUUUCUUAUUUUUGCUUGAGCAUCCUUCUUGAUUCAUGUCUAUUCAAAUAUUUUUCAGAUUCUGAAAAAGCAAACACAAUAUAGGUUAUCAAAUAACAGAGGAACACAUAAACCAAAACACAGCUAACUUGAGAGCUCACCGGUGCAGAUUUGCUGCCAAAAUUGUUGCAGGAAACUGAUCAGAAACAGCCUAGAUUUCAACUUUUAGUUGUUGCAGUUCUGUUGUUAAGUUGCAAGAAACAGAAAAUGGGUUGUUAAACAGGAAUAAACAGGACAAUAUUAGGUUUUUAAACAGGAAGAAACAGGAAACUAUCAGCAAGAAUGUAGAUGCCUUACCAAACUAACCCAAGCAGAAUGUAGAUUUCAGAAAAUUACAAAGAAACAGAAAAUGGGUUGUUGGUCUGCUGAAAAUGCCACUAAAGCUUUUCUCAAAACCAUGGACAUGGGAAAGAGAGCUACAGAACCAAACGGAGCAGAGUUCAUUUUUACGUUCGUAGCAGGAAAUAAUGUACAACUUAUGGUAUUUGCUUUUGCAAAUGUUGCAGACUCCACCACCCUUGCACUGGUGGCAGCAGCUCAACAAACAGAAGAUGCAUCUGGUAGAAAAAUGGAUAACCUUCAGAUGGUACCAAAAAAGUUCUUCGCAUCAGUCAACAGUGGAGAAGAGAAACCAUUUGAUUUCUUAAGUAUACUAUUAAGAGUUAAAAAAGAGUACUAGCAUUAGAUUCUAUAACUUCAAAAGUCAAUUAGUAGAAAAUUUCAUUCAUUCUUGAUAUUUUCAUCAGCUUUCACACUAGAGAAAAUUGAACCUGUUUUAAGCAAACUAUCUUUCGCGAGAAUGUCUUUAUUUUGAAAAACUAAAGAUAGAGAU